UGGCAAGAGAAACGAGGAAGAGCCUGUGAGGAAGACUUUCGGGAUCGUCGAGAAGAAAUGUCCACUGAACAGCUAGAGGCAUCAGAAAUAGUUCCAGUUCAAGGGCAUCCAGUCCAAAUCAUCGAAGGGCUGGAAAAAGGAUUCCAGCUGAAUGAAAAGGCGCUGGAAGAUGUUCUGCUGAAUCCACAAGUUGCCGAUAAAAAGGUUGAUUUCUUCAGCUCAUUUCAUUUAUCACCAAAUUUUUGA